ACCAUAGGAGAGAUGUAGCAAGAGUGUUGAAGACAUUUCUUUCAUGCAUACCACCUUUAGUUCAAUAUGAAACGUGUAGCCCACAACUCAUCAUUUGCCACCUUAGAAAAGGGGGUACCUUCUACCAUCAACCACACCAACCUUUCAACAAACGAACAUUUUUCUCAGAACAUCAGCAGGCCAUAACUCUCCACAAAGAAAGAUACCAACAAUCAUUUCAAGUUUUUUGCUUUAUCCGCACUCUUUCUCCAACCAUAAAGGUUCCAACAAUGAAAGUGAAAGCUUUUGGUCCCUUAAAAUGCAAGCUUUCCAAUCCAUGCAAGAAAAUACUAAGGUUGUUCAAGUUUAGACUCAGAAAGCCCCUCUUUAUAAGAAGACUCAAGUUUCGACGUUCAGUACAUGAGACUGAUAGAAGCACCCCUAGAAACCGAGGUCCACAGAUUCAGUCAGUUUUCCGUUUGCUAAGAAGAAGAGGGAGAGAGGAGGACCAAGUCAUGGAGCUCAAGAGUUUCUCAGAAGUAGAACAUCACAGAGCACCAUUUCCAUCACCCCUCACCCCAGCUUACGUGAGAUUGAGUGCAGCAACUAAAAAAGAAGUGUUAGUUCAGGAUGAUGUGGAAGACUCAUGCAGGAGCUUUGAGAAUUAUCUGAUGGAGAUGGUUGUGGAAGAGGGGAAAAUGAGGGAUUUGGCAGAUCUGGAAGAAUUGUUAUACUGUUGGAAGAAUCUCAAAAGCCCCGUCUUCAUCGAACUUGUGUGCAGAUUCUAUGGAGAGCUAUGCAGGGAUUUAUUUUCCAACAGCUACGAUGACGACAGUAACACCCCAAAGAGACUCUUACAAUGA